AGGAUAUUCACUAAAACCAAUAUUUUCAUAUGAUGACUGCUCUGCAAAAGACUAUUCCAUUGAGGUUGCUGAUGAAAUCAUUAAUUAUAACGAUCUUGAAACAAGUGAAUGGGACGCAUGCGCAUCAAACGCGGGACGAAUAAUAUCUGGGGUAGGCCUACUACAACGAGAGGCAUGUCGAGAGUUGACAACUGGCCAAUUCGUUCGUAUUAAAUUGUCCGAAGAUUCAAUGGAUGAUAGAUACCUGGUUUUGUGUGAAGUGAAGAUAUUUGGAUCAAAGAAAAAUGAAGUUUCUGUUGUUGGUAAACCUACCUACCCAAUUCCAACCCCACGUAGUGGACCUGAUGGCGGAGUUGCUGUAGAUGGAUCCAUACCUGCAGUUGAUCCGUGUCUGCCAUCUGCAUUUGAAUCGUCCACAACCGAGCCUUAUUGGAUGAAAGUGCGAUAACUGAUGUUGCCGUGGACAUAGUGACUGCCAGAUCUUAUGAACUCUAUGUGAAUGGUGAAAGGUUACGGACAUUUUCUGAGGAGCCAAUUGAUAAUUCGUACCUAGAUGCUCAGCAUAUUACUGUCGACACAAAUCCAGACGCUGUCCGUGUAAUUGCAAU